CUGUAUAUAUGUAAGACUCCAAGGUCCGAUGGUGACGCCAAAGUCCGAUGGUCUCGCCAAACCCCGAUGGUCUGCGCCAAACCCCGAUGGCACGCGGUCUUUACGGACGCCAAAGUCCGAUGGUCACGCCAAAGUCCGAUGGUUGGUUUCCUAUGAGACGCGCGACGCUAAAGUGCGAUGGUCUGAUACGCCAAAGUCCGAUGGUGCGGGAAUAGCUGUUAACGUUUAUGACGUCAUAGUAUUCUGACGUUAAUCUUCUAAUUUUCAAAACCCAAAGAAAAACAUGGAUGCGGCAGUUUGUCCGGAUGACGGAUAUAUCUUUGAAAAGGUUAAGAAGAAGCGGGAGACAAAUGACCCAAGUCCGGAGCAGUUUUGGUCCGUUAUGAAAGAUGUCGAGAAAAUAUGCAAGUUAAAGGCAGAAAAUUCCGCAUGGGGAGCAAAGAGAAUUAAGGAGGAGCUAGGUAUUUCAAUGGGGGAAACAAGUGUACGGAAAUAUGUGUCAAAUUUUAUAUACGACAUUGACACCGAGUCCACCUUCUAUAGGAGCUCGAAAGUAAGCGAGGUACAUAGAAGAGUUCUAUCCAAGGAUCAGCUGAUCGUUGAGAUUCAAAGAAAUCACAAUGUGGAUCACAGAAAAAGUGAUGCCAUCUACGAGACAAUCAGGAAAACAUUCUUUCCUGUCACUCGGGAAAAUGUUCGACUUCUCUUCAAACAGCAUGUAGAAUGUAGCAAGUGUCUUGCAGCAGUUGAUCUGCCGAAAACGGAGAGGACGAGACGUCCAAUUCCGGCAUCAUACCCUAACAGCAGAUGGCAAAUGGACCUAAAGAAAAUGCCACCAUGCAGAGGAUUCAAUUACAUUUGUAACAUAGUAGACUGUUACAGCAGGUUUGCUUUUGGAGCCUGCUUAAAGCAGAAAACAGCGAAAGAAGUCUCAGACGUUCUUCUGCGCUUUAUCUACUUAUUCGGGCCUCCCAGAAUCCUACAAACCGAUAACGGGAAAGAAUUUAAUAACGCUGAUUUAUCGGCCGUAAUGGAUGAAUUUAAGACAAGGCAUGUUAAUGGUAGACCUUACCAUCCCCAGUCCCAAGGUCGAGUCGAAAGGUUUAAUAGAACCGUGGUGGCAUACUUCCGGACCCAAUUUGUCGACACCAGAGACUGGCCACGUAACCUGGAGGAGUUUUAUUAUAAGUACAACAACCGCGUCCACAAGUCCACAAAACCCAUGACACCACAUCAGAUGUUCUUCAAAAGACCAAACUUCUCUGUCGUAGUAGAAGAACAGAUAUCGAUGUGCAACUUAACAAGAGAGGAGAGAGAAUUUCUGGAAAAAGCUCACCUUGAUGUCGAUGAGGAUGACGCAGAUGAACAAAGUAAUGACAAAAAGGACAAUGAAAUUGACAGCAAUAACACGGAUUCAGAGUCAAACCAUGCCAACCAAAAUAUAAUUUCAACACAACUGCCAAUCACGUCAACAAGUGAUGAUGAAGCAACGGUCACUACUGGAGAUCUGAAUAAGCUCCCACUGGAUUUGUCUCCCCUGCCCCGUGAAAGCACUAAACCACUGCAAGAUGUAACAAACACUCAAGUUAUGCGCACCGCUCAACAAAUGCAGGUCACUACUGGAGAUCUUGAUAAGCUCCCGCUGGAUUUGUCUCCCCUGCCCCGUGAAAGCACUAAACCACUGCAAGAUGUAACAAACUCUCAAGUUAUACGCAACGUUCAACAAAUGCAGUACGGUGUAAGUCCAUACUACAAAGAUUUGUAUAACCGGCUAUUCCAGUACCCCGCAGUCAACAAUAAAAGAAGAUACUCAGACUCUAUGUGCUCCAUGAAAGAGAAUUCUGACCACUGGAACAACGACUUGUAUCCACUGGAACUCUUUCCUAAAAAACCAGCGACUGUAGCAACACUGCAGAAGUUUGAUCCCGCAGUAGACGACAUCGUAGAUUUUAAACCGAAUUCGGCGCUUUCUGCUGGUACAAACGUUUUCCUAUCGGGCUACUGGAGGAAAGGACGGGUAACUAAAGUUGACAUGGACGAUAGCAAAGGAAAAGUGUACACUGUGGAGGACUGCGAGAACUAUAAAAUUCACCUUUUGUCUAAAUAUCUAAUGCGUCCUAACAUGCUGUAAAUUGCAAAUGUACAAUUAAGGGUCUUGGAAUAAAUAUUAUUAUAAUGGAUCUAGAUUAAAUAUUGGUAUUAUUUUCAACAAUUU